AUGAAGUUAACCAAUGAUGAUGACACACUGCUGGAUCGGCUUUACAUUCAGGAGACGAUUGUUCUCAGCGGUGACAUGCAAUUCGGACCAUACAAGAAAGUGUGUGAUUACACACCAACAGGUGCUAGCAUCAACUGCACUGUCACAAAUAACUACGGAGCGCGCGACAUUUACAUGUUAUCAAUAAGACGUGUGCUUGACGCGUCCGUGCCGAAUGACUACUCACCCACCACCCCUGACAUAUCAUAUCGAGUGCCAAAUAACCAUGGAGUUUUUCCUAUCGGCACUAUUGUAGGCAUUGCGGUGGGCAGCAGUGUAGCCUUGAUUCUGCUUAUUAUGCUUCUACUGUGGUUCUUGUGCAGGAAGAGUCGGGACAACCGCAGCGCGCCGAGCAACGUGCACCUGCCUGUGACGCUUGUCUUCACAGACAUUGAGAGCAGUACGGCGCUGUGGGCGACUCUACCGCAGCUGAUGCCACGCGCUGUUGCGAUGCACCACGAGCUGAUUCGUGGAGCUAUCGCGAAGCACAAGUGCUACGAGGUGAAGACUGUAGGCGACUCGUUUAUGAUAGCAUGUAAGGAUGUAUACAGGGCCGUGCAGGUAGCUUGUGAAAUACAGGAGCUGAUGCUUAGAAACCUGUGGGGCACGGACGAGCUGGAUGUAGCUUACCGUGAUUUUGAGAUGCGGCGCCGCGAUGAAAGCAUUGAGUACAAGCCUCCGACGGCGAUGCUGACCCGGGAUGAGUAUGGCGCGCUGUGGAACGGCUUGCGUAUACGGAUCGGAAUCCACACUGGGCUAAGUGACAUCCGCCACGACAUUGUGACAGGGGGCAUCGACUACUAUGGGGAGACGUCGAACAUGGCGGCACGUACGGAGGCGAUCGGGAAUGGUGGGCAGAUACUGCUGACGGAAUGGGCAUGGUGGUCAUUGUCGCAUAGCGAGCGCGCGUCGUUCCAGUGUGAGAGCCUGGGUCCACAGAAGCUGCGCGGGGUGCCGUGUUCAGUUGAGGUAUAUCAGCUGAACAGCGUCCCUGGUCGGCGGUACGCGGAGCUGCGGACAGAACUUGACGUACUAUUGCCUGAUGAUGACAGGGGCGACAUGACGUCGAACGACGCAAGUGCUUUGUUGUCAUCUGCCGGAACUAUUGCGGGCCCCGCUACCGCUAUGGCUGCUGUACUGACAAACUGCUUCAGUCCAUUUUCAGUGGUUCAGCGUGUGAAGGGAUUGCAGCCAUUACUACAGAAGUGGGGCAUUGCCAUCCCACAGCGCAAUUCCCGUAUAACAGAUGAGGACUACUGUCAAGCUCUGAUCAAUCGCCUAGCCAUCAAGAUGUCGUCUGUGGCGCUGAUGCGGCAACGCUUGGCCCACGUCGACGUCGACGCCAAAGCACAGCCGCACACCACUGUGCGUUGUGAUAGGGGCGCGCGGAGCAGUGGCACCAUUGUUUCUUCCACUUUGACCGCUGAUGACACCAAGUCGAACCCGCUUAACCCGCUGAACGUGCACGACCACCCCCAGUUUGAGCAGCGACUCCAGUGCAUGGCGUGGACGUCGAAUGAUGGUGAUGAUGUCGUCCCCAAGGCGAAUACCAUCGCUUAUGAUCCCCUUCGAUGCGACUCUGACGGUGCCAAAGGGGGUUCUUCGGGGAUUCGCCGCUUAAGCAGCGAUAGUGUCGUCAGCAUCAACAUCUCGAUGCCCUUGACUUUCAAAAGGAAGACCUGA